AUGUCGACUACAUCUUCAUCUCAUUUAAUUGUUAAACCAAAACCUAUUCGAUAUAAUCCAUUGCCUAUUCAAGUUGAUUUAACAACAUGUGAUUAUGCAACAUUACUUCGUGUAGCUAAAGUUACAAAUACAAGUAAAAUUGAUCAUUUACCAAAACAAACAAAUUCAUCAAUUGAUAAUAAUCAUGAUAAAAAACGUACACGUAUUCUUUUUACAUCAUGGCAAGUUGCUGAAUUAGAACGUUUAUUUGCUGAACAAAAAUAUGUUUCAGCACAAGAACGUUCAGCAAUAUCUAUGCGUAUUGGUUUAUCUCCAACUCAAAUUAAAAUAUGGUUUCAAAAUCGUCGUUAUAAAUCGAAAAAAACAUCAAUAACAACAACAACAUUAUAUUUACGUACAGCAUAA